AUAUUUAUAAGCUACCUGUCAUUACCGUGCGAGUACAUUCAGGGUGACUUAAACUAAAUACGGAAUCAAGAGAACAUUGUGAGACUUGAAAAGAAUUUUCCAAGUAUGAGGAAGAUGUACUUAUGGCUGUUGUUGUUGAUGGUACUAAAUGAAAUGCCGUACUGUCAAACAUGCAAUUUAUGGAAACCAAGACUCAAGGCUCAUACCGAAUCGAUUGAAAAUGCUUUUGUCAAGUACCACAACAGAAGACGCAGGAGAUAUAAACACAAAGAAUUAGUUUGGGAAUCAGGCUUAAAUUUAUGGACGAAGUAUGUGGUUCAAGAAGCCAAAGACUGUGAGCAUGCAGAAAGAAAUGCUGCAAUGUAUUCAUUAUCUUACAAAGUAUGCAAACACAGAACUGGCUACUCGGCCGAGGAGGUGGCUGAGUCCUGUAGCAUUGAGAUGAUGUCCACUGAAUGGCUGAAUAAGAUAAAAGAAUUCAGAGGAUUCGCUUGCACUAUAGUGUUUUGUCCAGGAAUCGAUCACCACGACUUUGCUGUGUGCAUGUAUCAGCAAUACUGAUAGUGGGAUUUGAACAAUCACACUCAGCUAUACGGAUUUAGGAGUUGCAUCAACAUGCAUGAAAUCUGGUGGCAUUAAAAUUUAUUCAUUGAAAUACAAAACCUCUUCCUCUUUCCAUGUUUGAAUGAGGUUUACAACCUAUUAAAAACAUAUAACUAGC